GCAGCCCCAGGAAAACCCAACUAUUCCCCAUAACUCACCUUCACUGCUGCUCUUUCACCCUCCCAAACAAGUCCCAAAACCCCAGACCCGAAUCCGAUCCAGCCAAAAUGCCGCCCAAAUCCGAGUCGUUGCAGCCGGCCACCGCCACUACCCACUCCGACCAUUCCUCCGGCUCCAUCGACCCGAUCGUCCACCUAAUCCAGAUCCUCCCCUACAGCUUCCUCCGACCUCCUCGCCUCCGCCUCAAGCUCCCAACCCUAACCCUCCCCUCUCCCAUGACCGUCUAUGCCCUCGUCCUCCUCACCUACUUCAUGGUCGUCUCCGGCUUCGUCUACGACGUCAUCGUCGAGCCUCCGGGCAUCGGGUCCACCCAGGACCACGUAACCGGGUCGGUCCGCCCCGUCGUGUUCCUCCCGGGCCGGGUCAACGGCCAGUACAUAAUCGAAGGGCUCUCUUCGGGCUUCAUGUUCGUGCUCGGUGGCGUGGGGAUUGUGCUGAUGGAUUUGGCCUUGGAUCGCAAUCGGGCUAAGAGCGUCAAGGUCUCGUACGCCACUGCUGGGAUCUCUUCUGUUGUUCUUGCCUAUGUUAUGAGUAUGCUCUUUAUUCGCAUCAAGAUCCCUGGUUAUCUUCAUUAGCUACAUUUCGAAUGUCAUCUCAGUUUUAUCUUAACAGUUUCUGGACCUUAAUUGUGCUUCUGUUUUCGACUUGAAUUAUUUAGACUUGAUAAUGUUAUAUCGCUCCUGGGUUUGUCAUUCAAAUGAAUGCUAUGUAUGUUGUGAUAUCUGAUCCAUGAUCCUGCUGUUUGAUUAACAGAAGUUGUGUUUAUCUGA